CACCACCACGCCAUCGUGCUACCUUCGAUCUCGAAGCACAUUGACCACGCCAGCAAUAGACCUCAUUUGAAAUAUCCCUUCGCAAGAAGCACAACUCCAGCUCAGAGCAAAGAUGUCGGACGCACCGCUGUUCGAUCCAACAUUGAAGAAGAAGAAGGCCAAGAAGCAGCUGGACCUUUCAGACAGCUCCUGCUGUCAACACCACCAACGACCUGGCUUCGACUGCCGAGGCUGCCCCUGCUGCUCCGUCCGCUGAGGAUGAAGAUAUGUUUGGUGGCUUGAAGAAGAAGAGCAAAAAGAAGAAGGCUAUCCCCGCCGAUUUGGACUUUGACGCGCCCGCACCAUCAGCUGAGGGAGCACCCCCAACAGAGACGACCACAGCUGCUGAUGGCGCCGAGGGCGGCGAUCUCGACUUCGGAGACAUGAAGAAGAAGCCCAAGAAGUCCAAGAAAGCAGGCUUCGAUUUGGAAGCUUUCGAGAAGGAGUUGCAGGAUGAGGGCGCGAAGACAGGCGCAGCUGCAGCGGAUGGCGCGGAUGGGGCUGGCGCUGAUGACGAGGAUUUGGGCGAUGACCCUUUCAAAGCAGAGGAUGGAGAGGAAGAUGUCGAAGCUCGCGAGGUGGUGGAGACUUGGCACGGCACUGACAGAGACUACACGUACCAAGAGCUGCUCGGUCGUGUGUUCUCCACCCUCAGAGCCCAAAAUCCCGCCUUGGCGGGCGAGAAGAAGAAGUACAGCAUCGUACCUCCUUCCGUCACGCGUGACGGAUCCAAAAAGACCAUGUUUGGCAAUGUGGUGGAAAUUUGCAAGAGAAUGCACAGACAGCCAGAGCACGUCAUCCAAUAUCUGCUUUCGGAAUUGGGAACGGAAGGAUCGGUGGACGGCUCUCAGAGACUCAUCAUCAAGGGACGUUUCCAGCCCAAGCAGAUCGAAAAUGUGCUUCGAAGGUACAUUCUGGAAUACGUGACUUGCAAGACCUGCAAGUCUCCCCGGACCAUUUUGAAAAAGGAAAACAGGAUCUUCUUCAUUGCUUGCGAGGCUUGCGGAUCUCAAAGAUCCGUCACCACCAUCAGAUCCGGUUUCCAAGCUCAGACUGGAAAGCGCUCAAAGAUGCGUGCUCAAGCCUGAUCUGGACCAAAUGUUGGCGGUCUUCUGGAAAGAAGAGAUUGGGGACACCCGUACGCGACGCUCAGAGUCGAAUCGCCUCUUGGCCCCUCGACUGGCCCAAUAUGUACUGCUCAUGACCGAGCUAACACAUCGCCAUUGCUGUCCCUCCAUGCAUACAUCGAGCGUUCUCUCAUUAUUUUGCGUUGGAAUUUGCGUUCUUUUCUUUUUCCUUGUUUUUUUCCUUUUGACCAUUUCAAAACCGAGUACCAAGCUCACCCAACUUCGAGCACACCCAUGUUCCUGGUGAAGAUGAUGUGACCAGGCAAGUGGAAGGUGCACACGAUCA